ACUCGUGGCCCCGCCCCAUAUUACUUAUAGUCCCGCCCCCGCCCCACCCGAGCCACAGAAGUGAGACGGAGCGACCAACAAUGGAGCGAGAGCACAAGAAGGGGACCAUUUCCCACGAGCUGGGGGCGGGAGCGCCGUGCCUCAAGUGCCGGGAGAAGUGUGAUGGCUUCGAGCUGCACUUCUGGAGGAAGAUCUGCCGCAACUGCAAGUGCGGCCUUGAGGAGCAUGACAUCCAGAUGGAGGAGGAGGCGCAGCGCAAGGUGGGGCGGCUGUUUGAGGAUUCGCGCUACGCCGGGGUGGCCGACAGAAUCCGCUCUGACAUGGAGACGCGGCUGCUCGAGCAGCAGCCGCGGAGAGUGGGCGGCCACAACCACCGCAUCGUCUUGGACGACCGCUCCCCCUCCACCCAGCUCUCCUUCAGCUCCCUCUCCAUCGGAUCUUCCUCCAGUUCCUCCUCCAAUUUCGACUCUGGCUUCGACUCCGCUUCGCUCGCAAGCUCCGGCUCGGGAAUGCCCAGGUCUGCCGGCGCUGGUCCCGGAGAUGGAAAGGUCUCCGGUUCUGCUGCCGGUGGAGAACCUGGAUUGCCCCGAGCCCCUGGUUCCGCACCGGAGACCGCGACGGGCCGGGAUUCUAAAACUGGCGGUUCCGUGGGUGGCCCUCCUGGAGGUCCUGGCUCGGUGCAACUUUCUGGGUCGGGUACGGCUCCACCCGCUGCCGGCGUGCCGAGCCGCGUCCCCGGCGCGGCGGGCGCCACGGUGGCCGGGGGGGACGUUCGGAGCGCGGUGGUGCUGGAGUGGGCGCCUCCCGGGCUCGAGAGGGCCGUGGCGCGGCGCUACAUCGAGCUGCUGCCCAGAGACAAGCAGCCCAUCGAGGGCAGCCAGGGCGCCAUGUAUCGGCGCAGGCAGCUGGCCAGGCAGCUCCCAGAGCACGACCAGGACCCCAGCAGGUGCCACGACCUCUCUGCGGCCGAGGUGAAGCAGAUGGAGGAGUUUGUCAAGAAGUACAAGGCGGAGGCGCUGGGUGUCGGGGAUGUUAUGCUGCCCCACCAGGUGCUGCUCAUCCAGGGUGGUGCCGGUGGCGGCUUUACCCAUGGCAUGGGCCCAGGGGCCACAGGCUCUGCGAGUUCAGCGCACGGCAGUGGCGCCGGCGGCGGUGGUCAUACCUCUGCACCGCCGGUCGGUGGCGAGCUCGCCGGAGGAGCGGCCGACAGCCCGUCCCGCAAGAGGGUCACGGCGUCUCUCUUCAUCGCGGGGAGGAAGCCCGGAGCCGGCGCUGCUGACCAAUCGCAAGCGAACAACGAGGGCUUGUCUGGCCAGUCGGGAGCCGCAGGCCUGAAGAGUGGCUCAUGGAACCAGGCAGCAGGUGGAGGGUCAAGCCAGAGGGGUGGUGCUGGUGGUGCUGGUGCCAGCGGUGGUUUUGGUAGUGCCACUGGUGGUGGUGGUGCUGGUGCCGCUGGUGGUGCUGGUGGUGGUGCUGGUGGUGGUGCCGGCGGUGGUGCCGGUUGGGUUGGAGGUUCAGCUGCCUUUGCCCAAGCAGCUGGGGAAGCUUCCGCCGGUGAAAGAGGAGUCGGAGAUGGAGCAGCACAGGCGCAGAGAGACUAUCGCUGCAACCGCUGCAAGCAGCCGAUGCAGCAGGGCGACCCCGCGGUGUUUGCGGAGCGCGCCGGCUCGGAACACCUGUGGCACCCGGGCUGCUUCUGCUGCUCGGCGUGCGAUGAGAUCCUCGUCGACCUCGUCUACUUCUGGAAGCGCGGGAAGCUCUACUGCGGCCGCCACUACUGCGACACGGAGCGGCCCCGCUGUGGAGGCUGCGACGAGUUGAUAUUCUCCAAGGAGUACACGCAGGCGGAGGAGCAGAACUGGCACCUCAAGCACUUCUGCUGCUUCGAGUGUGACUGCGUUCUUGCCGGAGAGAUCUACGUGAUGGAGCAAGAUAAGCCCGUUUGCAAGCCCUGCUACAUGAAGAAAUACGCACGGUCAUGCCAGUCUUGCCAGGGCAGCAUUGAGCCGGAGGCUCAGCGCGUGACGCUGGGGGAGUUCAGCUGGCACGCCGAUCCCACCUGCUUCCUGUGCUCCUGCUGCGGCAUCCCGCUCGUCGGACUGCGCUUCCUGCCGCACCAGGCCAUGAUCUUCUGCUCCGCCGACUGCCGUGGCAAGGUCGUGGGCUGAGCCCCACGGAAGGGCUUUUUUGGAGAGGCCUUCAUUCAGCAUUGGAUCGAUAAUGGGUGACGAUUUUACGUAUCUGUGGGUCGCGUGUUGAGCAUUUCUUCGCUCAAGCUUUCGCCGCACGCGACUGGGGGCGUCUUCGGGGCUCAACACGCGGCCCAACCAAGAAAACCGCACUUGAAUCGUGGCUGAAGUUGGCGAUUUUGGGACGUGUAAUCAAUUUUCGAUUGCCGAGUACUUGAGGCUUUUAGCAGCGGCAUGACGUGACCCCAUGCGUGGCGUUGUCAUGACGCUAACCGUGUGGUGGGAAUGUAAAAAAAGAAUAGUUAAAGGUUAUAAAAUGCACGAUAUGUUGAAUAGUAAUUUUUAGAACUUCAAGUACUUGGUGACCGUAGGUUGAUUACUUUGAAGUCAUCACAGCAAUGUAAAUUACUAAUUACAUAGCGGCGGCUGGGAAAAAUGGAUGAUGUUUUUACGUAUGAGGUGUGGUCAAAAAGCUUGUGAAAAUAAUUUUAUCACAAAUUAAUUGGUGAUACUAUGUCAGUUGUAGUGCUCAAGGAGAGUUAACAGAAAAAAAACAUUUGUCAAAUAACACCGUGUGGGCUUAAUAUGAAAUAUAUAUAAUUGGCGAAGUUUUGGGUAAUGAUCUUCUUCGUGUGCUCUGGCGAAGGGCUUUCGCUGGUAACAUCACCUAUUGUAGAUAUUUUCCUAACAAGGCAGUCUUUUUUUUGUCUUGUACGUAAUAGUUUCUAAUAUGUGGGUCUCCCCUUUCAAAGGCGUCUCUUUUGCUGCACAGCGACUGCCCCAGUUGAACACGGAAUUCUGCGUCGACGUCAUUGCUCGGUCUACACGCGUUAACCCAUCACGUGAUUCCAAACUCGCACUGACGGGACCUGCGGUGCGACUGGCCCCGCCGAAGCACACGACUGCGUUCACACAAUUGAGGAGGUGGUAACGAUGAUGAUCCAGGUUACAUAUUAGCAAGAAGCCCCCAGGCCAUUUAUUUAACUCCCUAUUAUCGUGAUAAAAUGAUUUCGUGAGCUUUUGGAUUAGCCCUCGUGGGUAAAAUGUUAAGUAAUGCCAAGUCAAGUUCUGUGUGGGCAUUGCAUCGCUGCAACUGUUCUGUUUUCUGGGUGAAUGUUCCUGAUCAGUUUUUAUUUUUUUCAUGAACGAGGCGGCGUUGGCUGUGGAUCUGUGGCUAUUGAUGUGUAACCCUUUUUCGGAGCCUACAAAACACGCUGAGGGUUCACGUUUUAGUUCCGGAUGGUCACGGAGCCAGGCUGACACUUUUUUUCCAUUAAGAAGUAAAUCGAACUCGGUUUAUUCAAAUAGGAUAUUUAAAAAAUAAGAUUUAAGCAAAUUUUCAUUUCACAAAAUAGACUUGUUUUUCCUGAGCAGCCACUACUAGUAUCGUCUACUGUCAUUUAGGCACUGCUUUCACAGUAGCCUUGUGAUUACAGCUGUCAGCAAUUGGUUGGAAUGUCACGUGUGUUUUAUUCCUAUUAUUAAUAGGCUAAGCACUUGAGUGCAGUUUUUAAAGGUAAUAAUUAACAUUUUUAUCCUGGUGAUGAUUAGGGUACGGUUUUGUGGGAGCACAUUUACAUUGUUAAACGCAUGACGAAGAUUGAAAACGAUCUUUUAUUAAAAGGCUUUAUGACUCUCAGGGUUCAGAGCGAAUUCGGGAGGCUCGCAGAACCAGACUAAGGCUCUGUAUUUUAAGUGUCGAAUGCUAAUUCCUUCUGCUCAUGAAACCGGAAUAAGGCUCACCGGCGAUCAUUACAGUUUGGUGCCCAAUGCUGAGGUUCACAGGACCAGGCUAAGACUUCCUUCGGGAUCACUAGUUCAUGUUAUUUCCUGAGGCUCACAGGGACCAGAAUCAGGAACCCCAUUAGAUUUAUCAGAGUUCAGCGUGAAAGAUUGUUGGUUGCCCUGUUUCUUUCCCUCUCAAUACUCUUUUUUUUUUUGCUCAUUCGAAAAACGAUGGGUGAAAUGUAUCUUGCGGUUUAUUUUGGUGCACAAACUAGCACGUGUUAGGGGUGUUUUUUUUUACUAUUUUUAAUUUAGCGGUUGUGUAAUUCUACGCGGCGUUGCAUAACUACUGGUUAGCACAUCACUGCUUUACGUUGGUGAAUAAUAAUAAUGGUGUUGGCGUUAUUAGUAAAGACGAGUGAGGGGUGAGGGUGUAAUGUUUGGCUGUCUUGUGAAUGUAAAAAAAGGUCUUCUGUUAUGGUGCACAAAAUUGGAUAGCAAUACACUGGGCAUCAGGUUUCAUUCUUUAAGAAUGUGAAACAAGGAAAGUUCCUCUUUCAUUAUGCACUGUAUCUGCUGAGUUACCGUCAACUGAGUGCCUUCACUGCAACUUGAACAUACCCUAGGCCUUACACGGUUUUGCCUUUGUUUUUUUUAGCACUUGCACGUUUUUGGAGCAAACUAAUUUAAGGUUACGUGUGAAGGUAAUUAAAUGUAAGGGACAAGCUUGUUUCAGAAAUGUUAUUUUUUUUGUUCUUAACAUUCUCGUGCAGGAAAGACAAUCCAGUAAAAAAAGUUAAAUCGCAAAUUGCCAGGCCAUGGUCGUUUACACCUGUGAUUAAUCAUUUUGGUGGAAAAGGUUAGUGUAUCACAUAGAAAUUUGUGAAAUUCAAACCCUCUGGGCUAAAAGGUGGCCAGGCAGUGAAGCAAGCGGUUGGUGUGAGUGUGUGCUUACCAUUGAGUGUUAUCCUGUCGUACACUCUAGGUUUUCUCUGCCACAUACUCCAAAUGCAGGCCCCAUCGUGAACAAUAAUCUUGAUAUUCAGUGAGGCUUUGCUUGAUGAAGAAAAGUAAUAACAUUUUAGCAAUCUCACUGCCUUUGCAAUUUCACUGCUGACUGAAUUACCCUCAUGCCUUGCGGGUAGUGAGGGUUAUCUGUCUGACCCUGCCCAUAAUGUAGCCCAGCCACCUAUAAAACCUGUUUUUAAACGCAACCAGACUCAACUCUGCCUAGCUUAUGACAUCUGACGCCAGAAAUGAAGAUGUCUUCCUGCUCAAAUGACCAAUGAAGGGGGUCGUGCAUCUCCAUCAGCCGCCCUGAACCAGUGAUGGGAAUUCCACGUUCAUGUGACAAAACAUGUCAGGUCCUAGUUUAAAUAACUGGAGUAUGAAUGAAGUGUACUGUAUUGUACUUUAUCACGGACAUGUGCUAUUUGAGGGAUUUCUUUUUUGUCGUCGGGUAUGGCGUUUUAUGUGUGGGUUAUAAAAAAAAUAAAGGUAUGGUUUGAUUUUCAAA